CAGAUCAUGGCCGGGGGCUGGGCGACGGGAUAGGUUGUUCCAGAGGUGGGAGGUGGUAGCGGUCGUUGAGAAAGAGGCCUGAGAUCGAUAUGUCCCCGGCGGGUGAGACAGAGCGGCCCGUGGCGCUGUUUCUCUGAGUCCAGGGCGGCCUGGAGGCCGGCUGAGAACGAGGGUUGGAGGAGGCUGCCCCCGCUUUGGUGGCCGCCAUGCUGGGGGCCCGGGCGGUUGAGGGAGCCGCCGUGGCGCUCCUGCGACUGCUGCUGCUGCUGCUGCCGGCUUUCAGCGGGCCGGGGCUCGGCAUGGUUGGCUUAGUGGGAGCCGGGCUGCCCGAGAGCGUUAUUUGGGCAGUCAACGCGGGCGGCGAAGCGCAUGUGGACGUGCACGGGAUCCACUUCCGCAAGGACCCUUUGGAAGGCCGGGUGGGCCGAGCCUCUGACUAUGGCAUGAAACUGCCCAUCCUCCGUUCCAACCCCGAGGACCAGAUCCUGUAUCAAACAGAACGGUACAACGAGGAGACCUUCGGCUACGAAGUGCCCAUCAAGGACGAGGGGGACUACGUGCUGGUGUUGAAGUUCGCCGAGGUCUACUUCGCACAGUCCCAGCAGAAGGUAUUUGAUGUGCGAUUGAAUGGCCACGUCGUGGUGAAGGACCUGGACAUCUUCGAUCGCGUUGGGCACAGCACUGCUCAUGAUGAAAUCAUCCCGAUGAGCAUCAGAAAAGGGAAGCUGAGUGUCCAGGGAGAGGUGUCCACCUUCACGGGGAAACUGUACAUCGAGUUUGUCAAGGGGUACUAUGACAAUCCCAAAGUCUGUGCACUCUACAUCAUGGCCGGGACGGUGGACGAUGUACCAAAGCUGCAGCCUCAUCCAGGAUUGGAGAAGAAGGAAGAGGAAGAGGAGGAAGAAGAAUACGAUGAAGGAUCUAACCUGAAAAGACAGACCAAUAAGAACCGCGUGCAGUCAGGCCCCCGCACGCCCAACCCCUACGCCUCGGACAACAGCAGCCUCAUGUUCCCCAUCCUGGUGGCCUUCGGGGUCUUCAUUCCGACCCUCUUCUGCCUCUGCCGGUUGUGAGAAUGAAUCACCGUGUGGAGCAGGGUGGAGGGGUGUGGGAAAGAGACCGGACAUGAUGGUCUGGUUCCUAUCUUUUUCACGGUGAUUAACACAAACAAACAAACUAAAAACGCCACAAAAAAAUUAAAGGAGCUGAAAAGAGGCAGAGUGAGUAGAGAGCAGCCCUCCUUCACCACCACCUGGUCCCAAACCUGCUCCAGUCCUGGGCCUCUGCUCCUGGACGGCCCCCAGCCGUCUCUUUAUUCUCUGAGGUUCCUCGGGUAGACGGGUCCUACCUGGGCAAGGAUCCUCGUCUGUUUACCUAGUGAAAAGGACGCUGAACUUGGAGCAGACCCCUUUUGUAGGGUUGAAAUUAACAGCAGGGACAAAGUCGUCUUGCUGCCCGAGAAGACCAGCACUGGGAGUUGGGUAUGUCCUGAACGCGUGUCCCGCUGCCCCGGGAUUGAGAGCGGGUGUGGUUUGCGUGUGUGUGAAGAUGUGUACUUCAUAUGAUACAGAUGAAAAUAGAAGGGGGUUUUUAAAAAAAGAAAGAAAAGUAGAUACUUUCCUACUUGGAAGCCUUUCUGGUUUUAGCCCGUUGACGGUUCCAAUUUCCUGUCUCAGCUUUUUGUCACCCCCUGCGUCCCUGGCGAGGGCCGGUUGUAGGGCUGUCUGGUGUCCGAGACGAUUGGUUUAUGUCAGGACCUCAGAUCACCUCCGACCUGUUACCACAGCAAAUCAUUUUGAUUCCACUGUUUGUUGGGGACUUAAUGUCUUCUCUCUCUCUUUCCUCUCUCUCGCUCUCUCUUUUUGUUUGUUUCUUCAUCCGGCUCAUUUGAAUUCUCUCUCAACCAUCUCACUAAAUUAUUGCCAAGGGAAGAGACACGAGGACUUGGGAUCCCCUCUGCUCGAAUGUCUUAUCAUCCGCCACUUCACCUUGACGGUACCUCCCUCCCUGGGUCUCUGAGCCAGCAGCAGGAAGACCCGACCCAAGCAGUCCUUGCACCGGCCCCUUUGCAGGGUCUUGCUGCCAGGGGGCAGAGAUGCUUUCCAGCCUGCAGCUACAGAACACUUGACCUUAACAGUCUCUUCUGGUCUUUGGAUUAGAAAAGGCUUAUGUAAGCAUAAUUUAGGAGCAACCUCAGAGACUUGAGCCCUACAAAGUGACUGACCACUGUUUAGAAUGUCUGGUAUCUGGUGUUCAUUUAUUCCUCUGUCCUUUUAUGUCACAGUUCGGCCAGUUCUGGGUCCUGCCUAUCCUGAGGAACUAGACCGACUCUACCUGGCCCAGGGCCGCUGCUCGCUGGUCUUAAUAAUACACCCCCUGUCCUUUCAUUUUCCUCUGCAAGUAGCAGUCAGGUUCUUGGUGUGACAGGAGGGACAGACUUCCAGGCAGCCGUCGUCCCGGCGCGGCUCUGAGGCCAACCGUAGUGUCUAAGUGUCCGUCUUGAAUUCCCUGGAAAGGUUUCUGCAGGAAGUGAUUCUUCCCUGCUGCCCCGGCUCUGGUCCCUGUCCUCUGUUUCCCAGCUGCAAGGAGUUCUGUGGAUGGAAGGCAGCAGGGUUGGCUUCUGCUCGGGCUGGAGCAGCAAAGAAUCUCAGGCCAGGGCAAUUUGGUAAAGAUGUUUGAUUUCCAGUUGGUCUUGUUUUGGAUAUGUUUUGUAAAGGGCCCCAUCUCUUUGAACUACUUCUUAUGUGACAAAGUAAGUAAUCCUCGGGCUCACGUCCUGGGCUUUGGCUUUUCAUGAGUGAGCCUGGGCUGGCAUUUCGUCCUCUGACUGUCGUGGCCCUCUGUUUCGGCCGUGACUUCAGCCUCAGUACUAGGCUGUUGAGUCAGGCAGCCGGGUGGUCGUGGCCUAAGGCCGAGAUCGGGAAGGUGGAGUGCAGUACAAAGCUUCCUGCUGAAAGGAUGGCCUAGCCUCCAUCCUGGGACCACCUGCCCAGGCCAGCGGCCAUCCUGACUAUGCAUUGGGCUUCUGACAGUGGCUUCGGCUCCCAUUCCGUCACAUCCCAUUCCAUCACAACUCCCCAGAGCUGUGGGCUGCGGCCAGGACAGUUGAUCAGCUGAGAAAGGAAGACUCGCUGCCUCCAUUCUGCCUUGCUAGUUUGCCUGGGUCUCGCUGAGGAAGGGGGGUUCCCCACCUCCUCACCUCAGCGCAUCCCUUCAGUGACUCAGAGUCUCAGAAGGACACCCUGGCUCCUGGGGCCAUUUCCUAACGGUACUGUAAGCCAAGCAGCUCAGCUUCUGCCUCUGUUUCCAAGCCCACCCUUUUCCCCGGACCUUGGGGUAGGGAUGGGCACUUUCCUCUUUGGUUGUAUCUGAAAGGAAGGAACAUCUUUCUUUGGCCGACAAAAACUAAAGGGGAAAUGAGGUAACAGGAAGAAAUGGUGGGGGCUGGGGUAGAGUCCCCUGGGCCAAGGGCUGGUCACAGCUGGCUCAUGAUGCUGAACUUGAAAGCUUUUUUUUUCCUCCCAGAUGAUAUAGGUACGUGAAAUUUAGGUUAAAGCGGUGGGAUGGGGCACUCUUUAUUUUUAUUUUUGUAUUGUGUGGGCUAAGAAUUACUCAGUAGUUCAUCUUUUGCUUUUUGCACUGUUUGUUCCCACGCCUGUAUUUUGAGCUAAUGCUAGGACAGAGAGCCUGCGUGGCAGGGGGGUCUGUUGGGGUUCGGGGGUGAGGAGCGGUGGCAGUGGGGUGGGGAAGCGGAGGCCUGGGCUCUUCUCCUGCGUCUACGCUCUGCCCGAGGCUUUUUAUCCCCGAGACCAGCUGGCCAAAGCUAAGAGUAGUCAGCCUGGGUGGAACUCCUUUUGUCAGAAGCGUGGCUUCCUUUGUGGGUGGACCACGCAAAGAUGUCUGCUAAAGGUGGCUGGAGAGUUGGCCGUGUCACUCUGAUUUGGGUCAGGGGCCAGCUGGCCUCCCACGGGACUUUUGGGGGCUUCUCUCAUGCUGAAAGCGUUGUACCAGGAACCAGUCUGUAGGACCCAAGUCCCCUAAAGUAGACCCAUUCUUGGGAAAAUUCUCCUAUUAAGGAGAAGCUGCUCAGUGGGUACGCCGAGCUCUGGUGACUUGAAAGAUGGUCAUUUUCAAGUGUCACUGGUGUCAGACUCCUGGGAGGACCGCGCGGCCUGCAGGGCCACCUGUGCUUUGAGAGCGUGAUCUUAAUUCUGUCGUUCUUGUUUGCCUGAGAGAUACCGGCCUGAAAUCCGGGAUCACAUACGAAGUCUCUCAGGCUGUUAAGAGAGAGCGCGAUGUUUAAGUCAAGUUUACCUUCCUCUUUCUGUGCCUGGGAACUGUUCAAUCCAGUUUCAGAAUUGUGAUUUGACUUUAUCUUUUUGAAGAAGCUUCCGUUUUAAGGAAUUUCUCUUCCUUCUUACCCUGCCUGUACCCUCUCUUGGGAAGGCCUGGCCAAUGGGGCUUCUAGAAUCUCAGUCGAAAGUCAGAAAAUAGCAGCAGUAUAUUCCCUCUCGCAGCACUUACAUACCUUUCCCUAGAAAAUGGCCCACUUGAGAAGCCCAGGGAAGGAGUCAGCAGGCUCUCCACCCUCCCUGGGGGUCGGGGAAGGACCCACCGGGUCAGCACAGUGCCUUUUCCUCGCCUGCUCUGAGCCAGGUGGGCGUUCCCUCUGAUUCAGGUCUGGGCAGGGGUCUUUCAGUCCCUGCCCUGGGGCUGCUUCCCCCUCCCUUCUUCCCCUUCCCCUUGGCUGGCCAGCUCUGACCUAAUCCAAGUGUCUUCUUGCCCUGAGGAGCCUUAAUGGCAUCAAGUGGCACCAAGGAAUACUGUCCUCCACGCCUCUCCAGAAGGACCCAGGAGAGCGGGCGAGCUUUCCAAAGGGAGAGACUAACAGAUGCUUCUGUUUAAAAAAAAAGGGCGGAGGGAGAGGCUGGGGGCCUUCUGCUGUGGCUCCAGGGGAAGAAGCCGGGGCUCAGCAGCACCGGGGACACCUAGGGUCCAUUCAGAAAUCUUAGAAGAAAUCUGCUUUUCUUCUAUGGAAAGAUAUAAUUAGGGAUCAAAGAGCUCUAAGAAAAUUGCAAAGAAGCCUUAAUGUCCGAGCUUCAGAGAGCUCAGAGGAGUUUUCCCCUUUCAGUCUGAGCUGUGACUCUUUCUGCCUUGAGGCCGCUCCUGGUGCGGGAGGGCUAGGCUUCCUCAUUUUGUUACAAGACGAGAUUGGCACCAACAGGUCAGCUGCCCAGCGAGGGCGGGUUUCCUCUCUGUACAUGGGUGGCUUGCUGCCGAUCCGGUCUGUCCUUCCCCAGCUGCCUUUUGACUAGCCUACUUUGGGUUGCCACAUCUUUUCUGAUAAGAACAGAUGAUUUGAGGACUGGCUGGGUUGGCAGAAAAAGAGCAGGAUAGAUCUCUUGGGAUGGGCUCCCCCCAGGAGUACAAAAGCAAGAAGCCAGGAUUGUGCUGGCAGCCGGGCAGACAGUGGUGCCUGGCAGAGUUGGCAGAGAGGGCCCUGGCGCCGCCGCUUGCAUCCAGGCAGUCGUGUGAGGGGGGGCACGCAGCACCAGGCAGAGCAGAACUCCGUUCUCACCUCUAUUUUGAGCUUCAGCGCUUUACUGCAGGACGAGAAGAAACAAUAACAAACUGAAGUGCGCGCUCUGUCUUUCCAAAUCACAACUGUCGGGAAAGGAGGGCUGAGUUGCCGGGUGACGGGAGAACUGGCAGGGAGACACGGUACGGUGAAACCAGGAAUGAGACGUUCUUCACUCCUCCUCCCUGACCUGUUGCGAUCCAGGGAAUGAAAAGAAAUUUGACCCUGGGUUAGUUUCCUCCUUGGGUUUUUCUUCCACCAAAUUUCUCCCAUGUUGAGGCCAGCUGCCCAUUCUGAGCUCAGGGCAGCCUUUUCAGUCAUCCACCCGCCUGGCUUGUCUGGGAGCCCACCCGCCCCUCCUGAUUGGUCCUGGCUGCUCUGUUCUGUAUACCAAGUGCUGGAGAAUAGUGUCAAGUUCUUAGUAGCCCUUCGUAGUUCCUAUUCGAGAUCCCCAUCCUCUCCCUGCGGAGGCAAAACUGACUCUGUAGCCACGACGCACAUUUACAGCGGCACAGGGAGAUGGACCGAGGGGCUUUGACCCUGGCUGGCCCGGGAGAGCAGUAGGGGUGGAUAGAGCUGUCUUUCCUUCUGGGCUGUCUCCACCUGUCCCUACCCCUUCUGUGCCCCACCCUACUCCCACCAAAAAGAAAAAAAAAAAUCAGGAUGUUUUUCACUGUCCAUUGCUUUGUGUUUUAAUAAACAAUUUGCAGUGACA